UCAAUUUAAAUGCAUUCAAUUUCACACACUCUCCUCUCUUCCAAAUGGCGUUGGCUUUACAGAGAAGUCUGUUUCACAACUUCGUUCAGUCAAUGUUUGAUGAGGGAAUUGUUAGUGACGAAUUUUAUCAACUGCUAGCCAUGAAGGAUGCCAUUAGACAAGAUUAUGUUGUGCGUGCAAUUACUAGUUACUGCAUAUAUGCCCAAAAUUUAUUCUCUCAUUUGACUGAUCAAAUCAGCCAACCUGAGGUUGAUUAUCAUCAGGUUGAUGCUUCUGCUCGUGAGUUCUAUGCAAGAACCAGCAUUAUUGGUGCAGAACAUGUUAAACUUUCAUGUGCAGAACUUAUUCAGGCUUGUCAGGGGAAUGACAAAGAAUAUUGCUUCCGUGCUCUGUAUUGGACUAAGAAUGAAUAUUCCAAGCUGAGAAGAAAAUUUGAGACCAUUGUGCAGAUGGAAAGAAAGAUUAUUGACCUUGAAAAUGGGCAUUGAAAUGAAGCUGGAAGCAGUAAUUUUUUUUUUUUUUUUGGGUAAUAUACUCAGCUGAAGUUGAUCUGAUUAUAUAUCUCAUAUAAUGUACAGAUGUUCAUAUCUAGCUUACAUGUUGUAGUGUCAGGUUUGAGAAGAGGAUGAUUUCCUAUUUUAGUGUUCAUAUUUAUGUAUUCUGUAUUUUGCAUAUGUU